CCCCCAGCUGGUAUAAAUGCAUCCUCCUCAUCAUCCGCCCUCAGAGACUCUCAAGUCUCCAUGAAUAUCUAUACAAACACCCAACUCUCUUGCGCCAAGACUGUGCGCUCCGGCAGAUGGAUGGAGUUGCCUAGUGUCCGUUAUGCCAAGCACUAAAGCUUUCCCCCGACAUGGAUGACAGAAACAAUACAUCCGUGUGGUUUCCGAACAACGAAACGGAUGGGCAAGACGAGAACUCAACGGCUAGUGUCGAACUGUCACUAAGCUACCAGAUUUCCACAUCAUUCUUUCUCGGCGUGCUCAUACUUUGUGCGAUCUUUGGUAACGCGUGUGUAGUGGCGGCCAUUGCGCUUGAAAGAACGCUCCAAAACGUCGCAAACUAUCUCAUCGGCUCCUUGGCCAUCACAGAUCUAAUGGUGUCUGUGCUGGUUCUUCCUAUGGCGGCACUUUAUCAAGUCUUAGACAAGUGGACUCUCGGCCAGGUAACUUGUGACAUUUUUGUUUCUUUAGAUGUUUUGUGCUGUACAUCAUCAAUAUUGCACCUGUGCGCAAUAGCUCUGGACAGAUACUGGGCAAUAACAGAUCCUAUAGACUAUAUGAAGAAAAGGACACUAAGACGCGCUGCGAUUUUAAUCAGCGUUACGUGGUUUGUGGGUUUCUCCAUAUCAAUCCCACCCAUGCUUAUCAUGAAGUCUCAGUCAGAGGCUGAGGAGCAGUUUUGCGGGAUUAAUGAAGAUCCCUGGUAUACCAUCUAUUCCACUUCCUGCGCUUUCUACAUCCCUCUUAUUUUAAUGCUGGUCUUAUAUGGAAGGAUAUUCAAAGCUGCUAGGUUCAGUAUUCGCAGAACGGUCCGGAAAACUGAGAAGAAGAAAGUGAAAUGUUUGACCGUGUCACCGGCUCUUUUUCAUAAGAAUCCCAAGGGAGACCUUGGCAAAAACUGGAAGAGCAGCGUGGAACCCAAACCGACCUCGUGCGUAAAUGGCGCAGUGAAGCACGCCGAAGACGGCGAGUCUUUGGAAAUCAUUGAGGUACACAGUAGCUCUAAAAACAACCUUCCUCUCCCCAACACACCCCAGUCGGUCCCACUUUUUGAGAACAGGCACGAAAAGAACAACGAGGCAAAGAGGAAAAUAGCACUGGCACGGGAGCGCAAAACUGUGAAGACGCUCGGUAUUAUCAUGGGUACGUUUAUCUUCUGUUGGUUGCCCUUUUUCAUUAAAGCGCUCGUGGUGCCCUUCUGCACCAGCUGUGAUAUGCCUGCAUGGCUCCGCGACGUGAUCAACUGGCUCGGGUAUUCAAACUCCCUCCUAAACCCUAUCAUAUACGCUUAUUUCAACAAAGACUUUCAAAGUGCAUUUAAAAAAAUUAUAAAAUGUCAUUAUUGCAGACCAUGAAAUCCAUUGUUCAUCCAAUAGAUAAAUGAUCAUAGGGCUCACUUGAUCAGCAUUUGUUUGACGAUGUAUCAAAUGCCGUGAUUAAAAACAUAGCGUGAUAAUAUGUGACUUAAUAUUAUUUCAGAUACAACUGUAAUAUUAUUAUUAUUAUGAUUAUGAUUAUUAUUAUGCUAUGACAAUGUAUGCUGUACAUGAUAAGAGAUAACAAAAUGUAUCUCGCAUCCUUACCAUAAAUAUGAAACUUCAUGGUGUACAAAUAAAUGAUCAAGCAACUAAUCUUCACUUUGUGA